AUGCUUCUUAUUUGGAAAACAAACAAAGCGAAAACUCUAAAUUGUAAUUUUCAGCACUACCAAAUUCAAUCAAUAAAAAUAGCUUUUCAAAUUGAAAAAUAACAAGUUAAGCAUCCUGAUUCUGAUUCGUCUAUGUUUUCAUAUGUUACAAGUUUAAUCUAAAUGAGAUUCUAGAGAAUCUUUUUGUUAUUGUUUUCUAAUCAUGAGGAAGGCCUUGUCUAUUUGAUAGAUUUAGCAACGAAAGAUUAUAAAUAAUGUUUUCAGAUAAAAUAUCAAGUUUCCAAAGAAGAUUGCCUAAUUAAAGAAGUCUAGGAUUUAAUUAGAUUUUUGCACAAAUUCAUUUUUCAUAGCUAUGACAAAAGAUAGAAACUAUUUAGAAGAAAUUACUUUGUUGAUAAUUAUUAGAAAUUUUGUGUAAUUAGGUUGAAAUAAAGGAAUAUCAAGAAAAGAAAAGGCCAUUGGAUUUUCUAAAGCUCCCUAAAGAUUGGUGUACUCAAAAUUAUUUUCUGCAGCCUAUGAAGUUAGAGUUGCCUUGCUCGAAGAUUUUGUUUAGGUGGUUACAAGAGCAUAAUAAGAACAAUUAAAAAAAUCAUUUUAGGUAAUAAAUUUUAUAGAAAUCUGAAAUAAUCAAAAUCAUUUAUCCAUUAUAGUUUUUUUAUCUGCAAGGAAAAAAUUUAAAACUAAACCAAUACCUUAGUUAGAGCAGGCAAAUUUUAAUAAAGUAAAUUUUGGCAUUAUAUUAAUUUUCAUUUUAUGUAUUUAGGCAAAUUUUUUAAAGAAACCACUGACUUCAUUAUUUCUUAAUUCAGAUUAAUGAAUAGUUGUUUAUCAUCUCAAUUAAGAGAUUCAUUUAUCUGAAUAGAAAUAAAAUAAGACAUGAAUCUAUUAAAUCAAAUCUUUAUUUUAGACUUGAUAAUAGUUUGCUAUAAAGAGAUCAAAAUAAUAUUGUGUUAUUCUAUAAGAAAACUAGUAGAUCUCAGAAUUCAAAGGAUUAAAUUGAACUGCAUUGUACAAUCUAUAAAUAAAAUAAUAAGGGUCUCUCAAAUUGGUAAACUAUUUUAACAAGAAAAUCCAAAGCCAUACUAUUUUGGACUAUAGUAUGUAUAAGCAUUAAUUGCUGAUUGAAAAGGAUAUUGAGAAAAAGACUAUGCUUUAAAAAAAAUAAAGAGGAAUUGGAGAGUCUUUAUUUGCUCAAUUAAGAUUAUAUCUGGAAUUUCAUCUCUGUAACUAAUUACUAGUGACUUUUAUCAAUGUAGCAAAGCUAAAUUUCCAAAAACGAUAAGAGCAUUAGUAUAUGGAGCAAGUGAAAAAGCUUUGUAAGAAGCGGUGCUAAAUUAACAUCGCGGUAUAGUUCCUUAUUAUUCUUUACGAGAGUUGGAACUUAAAAAUAAGAUAAAUAAGAUCCAUUGUUUCUAGUGAGAAAAAAGACUUAAGACUAUAAUUUAGCUUUGAAAUUACCUGA